UUCUUCUUACAAAUUCAAUAAAGACUUCUUGUGUUGUGUUAAUGUGUUGUAUCCUAAUCGUUCUAGAUUCACAUUUUCAACAUUAUUUAUUAUUAAAGCUUCUUUGUUAUUGGGUUAGUCAGACUAACCAAUCCCAUUUGCAUACAUGGUCAAGCCAACCAUCUAAUCUACACUACUAUAGUUCUAUCUCACGUUCUUUUACUCAUUCAAUUUUUCAUUUAUAAUCAUUUUUCAUUAUUGCCAAUUUCAAUCCUAAUCUUCAAUCUUUUGCCCAUCUACCUGGUUUUCUUUUCUCAUUUCAUUCACCCCAGAAAAAGAAAAAUCUUGAAUAGUUAUUAUUGCAGGAGUUUGAUUUGUGUAUUUUUUUUUCUUAUUUUAAUCUGUGUAUUGUAAGAAACAUGGCUCAUUCUAUAUAUGCUGGAUCAAUGUCGUUUGGAGGCUCAAGUCAUGGGCAAGGUCAACAAGAAUUGCCGUUUAAGACCAGCAAGGAUUCCUUGAGAGUUAUGCUCUUACAUGGGAACUUGGAUAUUUGGAUUAUGGAGGCCAAGAAUCUUCCUAACAUGGACAUGUUUCACAAGACUCUAGGGGACAUGUUUGGAAGACUCGGAAAGCUAUCGACCAAAAUUGAAGGCCAUGUGUCCAGCAAGGUAACAAGUGAUCCUUAUGUGACUGUUUCCGUAUCAGGAGCUGUGGUUGGGAGAACUUUUGUGAUAACCAAUUCCGAAAACCCUGUUUGGAAUCAACAUUUUAACAUCCCUGUAGCUCAUAAAGCAGCUGAAGUUCACUUUGUGGUGAAGGAUAAUGAUGUUGUGGGGUCACAGUUGAUUGGAGCUGUGGGAAUCCCAGUUGAGCAAUUAUACUCAGGUGUUAGAAUUGAAGGUGUUUUUCCUAUUCUUAGUGACAGUGGGAAACCCUGCAAGCCUGGAGCUGUUUUGACUCUUUCAAUUCAGUACACUCCAAUGGAGAAUGUGAGCCUUUAUCGAGGUGGUUUGGGGUCAAGUCCUGAGAAUCUUGGUGUUCCUGGAACUUAUUUUCCUCCAAGGAAAGGUGGGAAAGUUACCCUUUAUCAGGAUGCACAUGAACAAGAUUGUGGUCUUCCUAAUUUUGAGCUUGAUAGAGGGAUUCGGUAUGAGCAUUCGAGUUGUUGGGGUGAUAUCUUUAAUGCAAUUAGUCAGGCUCGGCGUUUGGUUUACAUUGUUGGAUGGUCUGUGGUUCACAAAGUUACUCUGGUUCGAAACAAUGAUAAUGGAGCAGGAAGCAUGUUAGGGGAGCUUCUCAAAGCCAAGUCACAGGAAGGUGUGAGAGUUCUGCUCCUAGUUUGGGAUGAUCCAACUUCUAGGACCAUAUUGGGUUUUAGGAAGGAUGGAGUCAUGGGAACCUGUGAUGAAGAUACUCGCCGGUUCUUCAAGAACUCUUCUGUCCAAGUCUUGCUUUGCCCUCGUUCGGCUGCGAAAGGACAUAGCUGGAUAAAAAAGCAGGAAGUAGGAGCAAUCUACACUCAUCAUCAGAAAACAGUAAUUGUAGAUGCUGAUGCAGGUAAUUACAGAAGAAAGAUUGUGGCUUUUGUUGGAGGACUUGAUCUUAGCACAGGCCGCUAUGAUACUCCACACCAUCACCUUUUCCGGACUUUGAAGACUGUGCACUCUGAUGACUUUCAUAACCCCAAUUUCGCGGAGCCUGGUGUUGGUUGUCCAAGGGAACCUUGGCAUGAUCUGCAUUGCCAAAUUGAUGGCCCUGCAGCAUAUGAUAUCCUUACCAAUUUCGAGGAGCGUUGGUUGAGAGCUUCAAAGCAUAGUAAACUUUCUCUAAAAUCAUCAUAUGAUGAUCAGCUACUUAGAUUUGAAAGAAUUCCCGAGUUUGUUUCUAUGGAAGAAGUUUCUAGCCAAAGCCAAAAGAAUCCAGAAUCUUGGAAUGUGCAGAUUUUUCGUUCCAUCGAUUCUACUUCAGUCAAAGGAUUUCCAAGUGAUCCAAAAGAAGCCACUAACAAGAAUUUGGUAUGUGGGAAGAAUUUGCUGAUAGACAUGAGUAUACACACAGCCUAUGUCAAGGCAAUUCGUUCUGCCCAACAUUUCAUUUACAUAGAGAAUCAAUACUUCCUUGGCUCAUCAUACAAUUGGAAUUCCAACAAAGACUUGGGUGCAAACAAUUUGAUACCAAUAGAGAUUGCUCUUAAAAUUGUUAACAAAAUCAAAGCAAACGAGCGAUUUGCUGCAUACAUUGUAGUCCCAAUGUGGCCAGAAGGUGCGCCUACAAGCAUCCCUGUUCAACGAAUUCUGUUUUGGCAGCGUAAGACAAUGGAAAUGAUGUAUGAAAUGAUCUAUGAGGCCUUAAAAGAAGUUGGACAAGAGAACAAAUAUGAGCCACAGGACUAUUUGAACUUCUUUUGUUUAGGCAACCGUGAGGCCCCAGAUGAUACUAAUACUAGUACUGCUAUUAUGGGAGCUACAAGUGCAGAAAAAACUCCUCAAGCACUUAGUCGAAAAAAUCGCCGGUUCAUGAUUUAUGUGCAUUCAAAAGGAAUGAUAGUUGAUGAUGAGUAUGUGCUUAUGGGAUCUGCAAAUAUCAAUCAAAGAUCUUUGGAAGGAACCAGAGACACUGAAAUAGCAAUGGGUGCAUAUCAGCCUCUUCAUACUUGGUCUAAGAAAGGCUCAAGUCCACAUGGACAGGUAUAUGGAUAUAGAAUGUCACUAUGGGCAGAACACAUAGGUGGUGUUGAGGAAAGAUUCAAGAGACCAGAGAGUGUAGAAUGUGUGAGAAGAGUAAGGUAUUUGAGUGAGCAGAAUUGGGGCCAAUACAUAGCUGAAGUGGCCACAGAAAUGAAGGGUCAUCUUCUAAAGUAUCCAGUUGAAGUUGAUAAAACAGGUAAGGUUAAACCUCUUCCUGCCUGUGAGACUUUCCCAGAUGUUGGAGGAAACAUACUUGGCACUUUUGUAGCCAUUCAAGAGAAUCUCACUAUCUGAUACUACUGAUAUUAGUCCCCUUAGUUCUUGUAUAUACAUUAGUAGAACAAUCCCAAUAUCAUUUUUUUUUUCUUCUUUACAUGCAUUUUUUUGAAUUCGUUGUUUAAUUAAUGAUAUGAAUUAUGAAUGAGGUUAUAUGGGGGAGAACAUUUUUGCAGUCAUAACUAUUCAUUUUGUUCAUUUUCCACAUAAAAAUUCGAGUGAUUUAUCGUUAGAUUAUAUUUGUGGUCUUUUUGUUUCUUUGUAAUAUCUGGAGAUAAGAUAAUUAUACAAUUUUUUUUUAAUUGGACA